AUGCGUGGUAUAAUCCUACGCCGUCUCUAUCCUUCGGCCAAAUUCCCCGUCGCCCGGUAUUCAUUUGCGCGACCCUUUUCUACACGCCCAGACCCAAGGCAGGCUUCAUCUUUUUGGACCCUUACAUUUACUCUCGCUAUCGUUGGAGGAGGCGCCUGGCUCCAGAACAAAUACCUCAAUUCAAAAGUUACAGUCACUCCGCAGCCCCUGCUCCCUGAAAACCCCACCCUCGGAGUAAUCGAUACCCUCGCGACGAUGCCUGUCAAACCCGCCCCCGGAACAGUCGGAAACCUUACCCCAGACCAAGAAGUCAAGCUGAAGGAAUUCUGGGUUCUGGCACUCAAAGUCUUCGGCCUCACACUCGAAGAACUCGAAGCCCCGCAGUCCACCACCAGCGAUGCCCCAACACCCGCCCCGGCCCAGGAUAAGAAGAAGUCCAAGAGCCGCUGGGGAAUCUGGAGCAGCUCCGACGACAACACAAAAGGCAGUUCUGAUAGCAGCGUAGCUGCAAUCAGCAUCGGUGAUGGCGAUGAUAAGUACGGCCAGUCCAAGGAGUUCAAACAGGCUCUGGAGGAUAUGAAGCCCGAGGAGAUCCGGACCGCGUUCUGGAGCAUGGUGAAGGGCGAUAACCCAGACUCUCUGCUGCUGCGAUUCCUGCGGGCGCGUAAGUGGGAUACUAAGAAGGCGCUUGUUAUGCUGAUUUCCACAAUGCGCUGGCGACUGUUAGAAAUGCAUGUCGACGACGACAUCAUGUUCAACGGUGAGCCGUCGGCUUUGAAGCAGUCGCAGGGCUCUGACCCCAAGGAGAAGAAGAAGGGUGAGGACUUCAUCACGCAGAUGCGUAUGGGUAAGAGCUUCCUGCACGGUGUUGAUAGGUCUGGUCGGCCGAUCUGUGUUGUCCGUGUGCGUUUGCACAAGGCCGGUGAUCAGGACAAUGAAGGGUUGGAGCGGUUUACUGUGUAUACUAUUGAGACUGCGCGUUUGUUACUUGCGUCGCCGAUUGAGACUGCCACUAUUAUCUUUGAUAUGACGGACUUCGGUAUGGCUAACAUGGACUAUGCCCCUGUGAAAUUCAUGAUCAAGUGUUUCGAAGCCAACUACCCCGAGUCUCUCGGAGCAGUGCUCAUCCACAAGGCCCCUUGGAUUUUCUCAAGCAUCUGGAGCGUGAUAAAGGGCUGGCUCGACCCAGUCGUCGCAUCGAAGAUCCACUUCACGAAGAACCGCCAAGAUCUCGAACACUACAUCCACCCCAGCCAGAUCAUGAAGGAGCUCGAUGGCGACGAAGACUGGGUAUACAACUACGUUGAGGUCCCAGAGAACGAGAACCCCUGUAUGGCCGACAAGGAAAAGCGGGAUACCCUCAUGGCCGAGCGCCAAAAGCUCGCCAAGGAUAUCCAAGAUACCACCAUCGAGUGGAUUCGCGCCAGCUUCAAGAAGGAGACUGACGCUGCCUCUGCUGCUGAGGAGAAGCGAAAGAACUUGAUUGAGCAGCUGCGUGCGCAAUACUGGGUUCUUGACCCGUAUGUCCGGGCUCGCUCGCUCUACGACAGACUCAAUAUCGUCCAGGGCGGUGGGAAGAUCAACUUCUAUCCUGAUUCGAAGGAGGCAGAGAAAUCGGCGUAG